UAUCAAAAGAAGAAAAUCGCACAUAAAAUUGCAGCAAAAAUCGCGUGUGUAAACGCGCUUUAUAGAGGAGAGUGUUUAUUUUAGAUGAGUAAGAAAAGUAUCGGUACUUGGGAACGUACGGUAGUUCCCAGACAUUUUUAGGGUUUCGCAAAAAAAUUUUCAGAAAUUGUAUCAUUGGUAAUAUUUCUGUGAAAAUUGUGAUGCCAAACAUUCAGUAUUCCACCCAAGUCCCUAGGAAAAAAAACUGCGAUAUUGUAUAUAUUAAUUAAAACAUUUUUUAAAACUGUGAGAUCAGUCGUUCAUAAGCCCGUAAAGCCCUGUUGGAGGGCCCGGGUUAAAGGAUCAAAAACUUUCCUGCAAAAUACCUGCGCGUGUGCUCUAACUUCGGAAUAACAAUUAUGUAAAACGAUUUUUACCGUUUCCUGUUUACAUCCGUGCCACAAGGUUAAGUGUACGUACGUACAACAAUGUUAUAUAAAUUUAACCUACGUUCCUUACUCUAAUUGAGAACAUCGUCUUGUAAGCCCAAAAUCGUAGUUUAAAAGAAUAAGAAUUUUCUGCAUGGUUUGAAAAUGACUUUGAAAUACAGUCGAAAUAUCGUUACCUUUUAAUUCUUAAUUCGAAUCAAGUUGUUCUUCCAAAUAUGCUUUAUGUUCGCUGCGCUCACUCGUGACAAUUUGCGAUAUUGUCCCUCGAGCGAUAAAACUGAUAUCACCUCACCUAUAACUUGUGGUAUUAGGAUUAGGAAGUGAAUAUCUUCGUUCGCAAGUCAUAUUCUAGCCACGGAAGUUCCUUGUUAACCUUCACUUGCUGCAACGCGCUUGAUCCAAUCAAGACCCCGCCCCCACAUAGUGUUGAAACCAAACGUUUACCAACAACAAUUGCUAUCGGUGGUGCUACUGAACUACGAGCCAGUAACAAACUCUCUAUUUCCCCCUACAUGCCAUCUAAGAGGAAAUAUAUAUAUAGAGAGCUUUUAGAGGGGUCAAUCAAUGAUCGGCGAGAUAUUUAACGUUUGCUAGGGUCACGGUAAUUCCGGUGUUUGUAUGCAUGGAUGAUAUCCGUUUUAUGAUUGCCUGGCCUCUUGUCCUAACGUCAUUCGAGGAGAAAACAGCACGAGCGGUUUUAACGAGUAUUUUACAACAUGCCUUUUAAAGAAUACAUAACAUCCGAUAAACCUAGGCUAUACAUGUAUAGUCCUAUACCAAACCAGAAAUUUACAUAAUAUGCAUUUCCUUUAGCUUUAUCACUCAAGUAGGGAUUAUGGAAAUUUAGAUAGGAGCUGAACAAAACGGCGCUGAAAGCCUUAAGUAAACACACACACAUAAGCACACACAUAUAAGUCUUUAUUACAACGACUGCCUGUUGUGCCUGACCAAAUGGUAAACAAUAACUAUUAAUUGAUUCUUAAAACAAAAAAUAGGCAGCUAUCACUACCCUUUAGAUAAACUAGUUUAGAACACGCACAGGGACGUCGGUGCGGCAACGAACAUGUGGUAAUUUAUUGGCAGUGGCAUUGUUUUCACAGUCAAUGAUCACCAAAAUAUUAGCAUAGCAUGACUAAAUUGUCGGGCUGGUUACGCCACUGUUUAUUGGAAGAAAUUAGAUCUUUGUUCGCACGCUAUAGUAAUACCUACUAGCUUCAUAAUAAUAGGUCGAGAUGGUUCUUUCAUUGCACGUUAGAUUUUUCGUUCCGCAUUUGGUGGCUGCAACCUGCUGCGUCUUCGUCAUGACAAUUCCUGUUUAUGAUCUUGUUCGCCAACAUCGCGCUGAAACCACUUAAUCCAUGAUUUCCUUGUAGAGCAAGGGGAAUCAUUUCCGGUGCAUGUUUGCGUGAAUUCGUUAUAGUCUUUUGGCAUCUUGAGGUAACGUCAUUUGAUGCAACAACCGCACGAGAAAGAGAGCUCAGAAGUUUCUAAUAACAUUUAUUUACGAGAUGAAGUGGCUGCUUGUCUGUCUAGCGAUUUGCUCAUUGUACGCUGUUGUUGCAAAUGCCUCGGGCGAAGAAGCAAAAGUGAGAAAUCGUCGUUAUCUGUGUGGCGGAAAAUCGUACAAUCCGACAUUCUAUAUCUGCUGUGGUGGCCAAGUUCUUAGGAAAGGAAGUAGCACGUUUUGCUGUGGCACUAAAAACUACAAUCCAACAUUUUAUAUCUGCUGUGGUGGCCAAGUUCUUAGGAAAGGAAGUAGCACGUUUUGCUGUGGCACUAAAAACUACAAUCCCACAUUUUAUAUCUGCUGUGGUGGCCAAGUUCUCAGGAAAGGAAGUAGCACGUUUUGCUGUGGCACUAAAAACUACAAUCCCACAUUUUAUAUCUGCUGUGGUGGCCAAGUUCUCAGGAAAGGAAGUAGCACGUUUUGCUGUGGCACUAAAAACUACAAUCCCACAUUUUAUAUCUGCUGUGGUGGCCAAGUUCUCAGGAAAGGAAGUAGCACGUUUUGUUGUGGCACUAAAAACUACAAUCCAACAUUUUAUAUCUGCUGUGGUGGCCAAGUUCUCAGGAAAGGAAGUAGCACGUUUUGCUGUGGCACUAAAAACUACAAUCCUUCAUUCUACCGAUGUUGUUCAGGAAACGUAAUAAAAUUCGCGCGGUGUUAAAAGCAGUUUUUAAAAUUGACAUUAGUCAUUACGAUUGUAAUAGUCAUUGAUAACAUUUUCUGUUAAACCAUAGCACAUGUGUGCAUGGCUGCAAGUAUUAUCUGUUUUUAUUAUAUAAUAAAACUGUUUUUUUUAAACUUUUUUAUCCCCCAGGGAUGGAUCUAACACGAUAAUCGCACAUGUGUUAUUAUCGCUUUUCAUAAUGGCGGAUUCGCCUGAGUAAUGUUCACGAUUCUUUCACGUAUGAACGUGACUUUAUAUUCUCGCUGCUGACUGCUACAACUGCUACACCCUUUCGUGUAUAUUUUCACAAAGCCCAAAGGUCUGUUCACACCAUCCAAUUUUGUCAGAUCCAAUUCACUUCUGAUGGAUGUUUUAUAUAGUCAUGUUUUAAAAAUUGCAAUGUUUGUUUGUGUAACAUUAUCUGUUUGGGUAUAAGUAUUGCCUAUUACUAUUAGUCUAUCGAAUAUCAUAAUAUCUGGUAUUUGUUUUUUUACAAAUCAGCAGCGGGGAAUGCUUUCCUUCGAUCAGAGGCCAGUUGUUCGAAAGGCGUUUACCAUAAACGAUGAAUGAGCCAAAGUUUCAAAAUACUCUCAAAUAUCAGCUUUUUCACUUCUUCACGUUAGAAUAUGGACUAAAUUAUUAUCACGAUGAAUUUUAGUGAUUUUUAAUAAAUUUAAUGCAUGAGGUAUUGAUUGUUCUUCGCCGUUGCUAUUAAAAAUUAUAAGACCGAACGUUGCCUUUGGUAAAAAAAUAACCGGACCGAUUACCAAGGACCGGUAAAUAACACAUCGAUAUAUGGUCAUGAUAUUGCGCCAUACUCCGCUCUGUCUAUUCGGCGAAGUUGUACAGCCAUUCUGUGAGGAAUGAAGCCAAGGAUAUUAGGGGAAGCCGGGAGGGAAACACAUUUUUGGCAAUCGUCCUACAGGAUUUGGCCAAUAUUGUUCCUGCAUCAAUAUCAAGUGCUCUAACCGCUUUAGGACUUACGUCUUGUCAGCACAUGAAAACAUGCAUGUUUUCCAAAGCCUGUUGUAUUUUUGCAGGCCGUCACGCCCCGUGAACGGACUUUUACAUGAUCCUGGCUUACUCGUAUUCCUGAAUUUGGUAUUAACGCGGAGAAAUUCGCCUAUAUACGUGGUAAACGAAUCUCUGCAAGCAAUACUGUCUUACUGCAAACAAUGAUAUCACCUCAAUUUCCAAUACAAUGCAGGUCUUGGAUUUGUAGUGUAUAGGGGAGGUUAUAAGUUCUGCAUGUAUUUGUCAAAAUACAUAGUAGAAGUUAGUUGUGCAUGUUUUGUCGAAAUUUUUUAUCUGCACAAUAAAUCUAUAUUUGGAGUACGCAACUUAUUUUAAAUUAUAUCUGCUGAACAUGACAGAACAUAUACUUUUUCUUUAUGUGCAAAAUACAUUCCUGUUCAAUUUAAAUCGUAUUCAAGAAAGAGGUUGGAGCCUUGUUUUUUCUCCUGAAAGACACUUUGAGCAGGUCAAUCCCACUUAAAAUCAAACAAAAGCCGUAUUUGAAAGUCGCAAAAAUUGGAAUUUUUACCAAGUAUCAUUGACGGUUAGCUCGAUGUAAAUAUAUCCUUGGCACCUACGGUGGUGCUAUUUUAACACUUCAAAAUUAACAGUGU